AUGCUUGGCAAAACUGAGGGACAAGAUACUUUUGUGGUUUACACUGGCACCAGUGUGAUGCUUGCAAGGAGUGUGAGACGCAUUCAAUCUGACUGGAAGUCACACCUUGGUUUCUUCAUCCACUUUGAUGCACCGACUUGGAGGUUUAAAGCUGGUUUUGGAGGACGUGUCAUUCCAACAAAGCGCGCGGUGGAUCCAAUUUCUGCUUCUCAACAACAGCCUCUGGGUCCAAUCUUGCCAUCACAGUUUCAUGAUGCUGAUGGCGAUGCAGUGAGAAAGAAAGCUGAAGAAGAAAAGAACGAGGAGAAAGAAUCAAAAGCAAUGGGCAGUGAGGACCCAAUCAACAAACGUUUGCAGGACAGUUCAAACACUUUGCCUGGAGAAGUUGCAGGAAAUCCACAACAGAUUGCAGCAGAUGCUUCAUUUGCAGCAACAACUACGAACGUGCGUGGUGAGGAGGAGCUUGACAUGAGCUUUCUGGCAGAAAUGGAACAAGCGCUGGCAGAUGAUGACUUGUAUGUGAAUGAACAAUGCCCCAGCGUGAACGUUGACGCGGUCGAGCGCCAGGUUGCAGACGAGGACAAUUACAUUGCCCAACAAGCUGCCAGGAUCGAUGGACUUCACAAUCAAUUUAUGAUGAUUGAUGGACGUCUUACAGAAGCAAGCAAUGAGGAAAGAGCCAACUUGGUAGCUUUCAAUGCGAUGGGAGCAGGACAAUACCUCAAUCUGGUGAGACAACGUGCGUAUGUGGAAAGUGGAGAAACAACAGAUGUGCAGAUGAGUGGAAACAAAAAUACAGAAGAAGCAGCAGAGAGUGAGAAUGCAACAGAUGACGAAGUGACAGCAGCAAGACCUCUACAAGAUCCCAGCAUGACAGACUUGAUGGAGGAAUUGAAAAUAGAGUUCAGGCUGGCUCAACAAAGAAACGAGCCAAACGAUGCAGUGAGAAUCCAACACAUGAUGAUGCAGAUGUUGAAUGAUAUCAGAAAUGGAGUAACAAGUGAGAUGGUGGAAAACUACAACAGAAGGAUUGCGGAUCUGUUCUUCCAAAUGUCCGAGACAGCCAGGAACCAGAACAGAUUACAAAGCAGUCUCUACUAUGGACGCAGAUGUGCACACUUUCGAGGAGAUGCAUGA